GUGGUGGACCUCAUCACAGGGUUGGUCUUGUCCCCACAGGAGGAUGACUCCGGAGGAGGCUGGGAGGCUACCCCAGGUACUGGCCCGGAUCGGGGCCUCCCACGGUAUCACCGACCUAGCCUGCAAGCUCCGCUUCUAUGACGACUGGGCUCCGAAGUACGACCAGGACGUGGCUGCUUUGAAGUACCGAGCCCCUGGCCUUGCUGUGGAUUGUCUCAGUCGAGCCUUUCGUGGUCCACCCCAUGGUGCCUUGAUCCUGGAUGUGGCCUGCGGCACUGGCCUGGUGGCUGUGGAGCUGCAGGCUCGGGGCUUCCUCCAGGUGCAGGGGGUGGAUGGAAGCCCAGAAAUGCUGAAGCAGGCCCAGGCACGUGGCCUGUACCACCGCCUCAGCCUCUGCACCCUGGGCCAGGAGCCGCUGCCCAACCCUGAAGGGACCUUUGACGCUGUGAUCAUGGUGGGUGCCCUCAGUGAGGGACAGGUGCCCUGCAGUGCCGUUCCUGAGCUCCUAAGAGUCACCAAGCCAGGUGGACUCGUAUGUCUGACUACCAGGAGCAACCCAUCCAACCUUCCCUACAAGGAGGCGCUGGAAGCAACCUUGGACUCCCUGGAGCAGGCUGGAGCGUGGGAACGUCUGGUGGCCCAGCCUGUGGAGCGCUGGGAACUGGCGACCUCAGAACAGGAGACAGGGCUGGGCACUGGCGCCAACGACGGCUUCAUCUCUGGCAUCAUUUACCUUUACCGAAAGCAGGAGAGAGCCCAGGGUGAGGGAGGGAGGCCCAGCGUCCAGGCCCCAGUUGACCACUGAUCCCUAUGUGUGGUCCUAGCCUGGCCCGUCUUCUUGGCCUUCUCUGCUCUGCCCCGUAAAAAUGGGUCCAUCUGCCCGGCAGUGGUGGCCCACGCCUUUAAUCCCAACACUCGGGAGGCAGAGCCAGACGGAUCUCUGCGAGUUCGAGGCCAGCCUGGGCUACAGAGUGAGUUCCAAGACAGGCUCCAAAGCUACACAGAGAAACCCUGUCUCGAAAAAACAAAACAAAACAAAAAAAUUGGUCCAUCUUGUUGGGAGGUCCUGCUGGUUGGUGGUUGCAUUCUGCCAAUGAAUGGCCUGGCAGCUUUCUCCAAGCGUGGCAACAUGAAGGACCCCACACACACACACCAGCAGGGGCUUCCUGCUCCCUACCUAACUUUAUCCAGAGGAUAUCUCUAGGCCCGGAUGCCUGAUUUAUCUCGAUGACCCUUGACAUAGGUCCCCACAAACACUGUUUCCCGGAAUCCCACAUGAUAAUGAGGUUAAUGCCAUUUUGAUAGGGCCCUGCUUCCACUAAUUCAGCUAUAUGACAGGAGCAUGCCACUUAAUCCCAUUCCCAUUUGUUUCCUAUACUCCGGAAUAAAGUUGAGUUAUUUCACUGAA